AAUAUCGGAGUCUACGAGCGCUGCAGCCCUGGUCCCGAGCGGCUGCCGGGGGCACAUGGCCCGUGGGAAGCGCCGAGUCGGGCGCGGGCCGCGCCGCGGGCCUGGGGGCGGUGGGGAGGGGGCCCUGAAGCGGCUAAAGCUAGCAGUGGAGGAGUUCGUGCAGGCGACUUCGGAGAGCGAGACCCCCGGCGGCCGCGAGGGGCCCCGGGCUCAGGGACGCGUGCGCCCGGGCGGGAGGAAAAGCCGCAGGGAGCUGAGGAAGGAGAAGCGGCACCUGAGGAAGGCGCGCCGGCUCCAGAGGACGGCCGGCCCCUCGCAGGGCCCGGGCCCGGGCGGCGGCGGAGCCGGGGGAGCGAGCGGCCCCCGGGCGGAGGCGACGCAGGAGGAGGACGGCCAGCCGUCCCCACGGCGGGCCUCGCGGCCGUCCGAGGGGCUGCGACCUCUCUCGGUCCCGGCCAAGGCCGGCCAGGUCCAGGCCAGGGGUCCCCUCGGCAGGACCAAGGCCCCCGCAGCCGCCGCCGCUGCCCGGAAACGGGCACUUCUGGCGGCCAACGAGGAGGAGGAUCGAGAGAUCCGAAAGCUGGAGCGGUGCCUCGGGUUGAACAAGCGCAGAAAGAAGGGCGACGGAAGCUCCGUGCCUCCUAGCUUUUCCCGCGAUGGGCUCGACUAUAUCCUGGGAGCCCUGGACUCUGGGAAAAGUAGUGGCUGGUAUGAAAGCAGCAGUGAGGAGGAAGAAGAGGAUGCGGGACAGACACUCCCCGAAAGUGACACCGAGGACGAACGGGAGGAGCAGGAUGUGGAAGACGAAGGCGAGCGGGAGGCAGAAGCGGGAGCGCAGAGCGAGGAGGAGGACCAGCAGGAUGUAGGCGAGGGACAGCGAGAAGCCGGAGGAGCGGAGGGGAGAGCGAAGGAGGAAGGGAGGAAAAAGAGAGUCCGUUUUGCCGAAGAUGAAGAGAGGAGUGAAAAUCCCUCGGAGGAUGUUGACGCAGACGAUAAGCAGAGUCUUUGUGAAAAUGGUGGAAAGUACAUCCCACCUCACGUGAGGCGAGAAGAGGAGACAGUGGAUGCCCAGAAAAAGGAAGAACUAGAGAGGCUCAAGAAACAGGUCAAAGGUCUGAUUAACAGGCUGAGUGAGCCGAACCUGGCCUCCAUCAGUGGCCAGCUGGAGGAGCUGUACAUGGGCCACAGCAGGAAGGACAUGAAUGACACUCUGACGGGCGUCCUCCUGAGCGCCUGCGCCCCGGACGCGGCCAUGCCCGCCAGGCUGGUGAUGGAGCAUGUCCUCCUGGUCAGCAUUCUUCAUUGCACAGUUGGCAUCGAGGUCGGUGCGCACUUUUUGGAGGCUGUGGUGAGGAAGUUUGCUGACGUCUAUAAAAGCGGAUGUGACGGGAAAGAGUGUGACAACCUGUUCGCCAUCAUUGCCCAUUUAUAUAACUUCCACGUGGUGCAGUCUCUCCUCAUCUUUGACAUUUUGAGAAAACUUACUGGAACUUUCACAGAAAAAGAUAUCGAACUGAUCCUGUUAAUGCUGAGAAACGUGGGCUUUUCCUUGAGAAAAGAUGAUGCUUUGUCGCUCAAGGAACUGAUCACUGAGGCCCAGGCCAAAGCCAGCGGGGCAGGCGGCAGGUUCCGGGACCAGAGCAGGGUUCGCUUCAUGCUGGAGACGCUGCUGGCCCUGAAGAACAACGACAUGCGGAAGAUCCCGGGCUACGACCCCGAGCCCCUGGAGAGGCUGCGGAAGCUGCAGAGAGCCCUGCUGCGCGGCGCUGGCUCAGGGACAGAGACUCAGCUCCGCGUCUCCUGGGACAGCGUCCUGAACGCCGAGCGGACCGGGCGCUGGUGGAUCGUGGGGUCCGCGUGGAGUGGCGCCCCGAUGAUCGACAGCAGUCAGCAGAAGACCCCGCAGAAGCAGCUCACGGGGACGGUUAGCUCGAAGAUACUGGAGCUUGCCCGAAAGCAGAGAAUGAACACCGACAUCAGGAGAAACAUAUUUUGUACAGUUAUGACUAGUGAAGACUUUCUGGACGCAUUCGAGAAGCUCCUGAAGCUGGGGCUUAAGGAUCAGCAGGAGAGAGAAAUCGUCCACGUCCUCGUAGACUGCUGUCUUCAAGAGAAAACGUACAACCCUUUCUACGCGUUCCUGGCGGGCAAGUUCUGUGACUACGCGAGGAGCUUUCAGAUGACAUUCCAGUUCAGCAUAUGGGACAAAUUUCGGGACUUAGAAACUCUGCCAGCCACUAACUUCUCUAACUUGGUUCACCUGGUGGCCCACUUGUUGAAGACAAAGUCACUGCCACUUUCCAUUUUGAAGGUUGUUGAAUUCAGUGAAUUGGACAAACCCAGAGUCCACUUUUUACGAAAAGUGUUACAUAUGCUGCUCAUGGAAACGGAAGUUGAAGACCUUGGUUUAAUUUUUGCAAGGGUGUCCGACAGCCCCGCGCUGGGCCUGCUGCGGGAGGGCCUGAAGCUCUUCAUCAGCCACUUCCUGCUGAAGGGCGGGCAGGCCCACGGGGGCGCCGAGGAGGCCAGCGCGCUGCGGGAGAGAGCCGAGCUCUGCGCCGGGGCCCUGCAGGGGAGGGCGUCCCUGAGGCCGUAGCCGGGCUGGGGGCCGAGGGGGGCUCAUUCGCCUGCGAUGCGGGGCCGCAGCACCGUCUGUCGUGUUUAAGAUAUUCUACUUCGGUCCAGGGUUUUACCGUAUUUGUGUUUUGAACCGUCUUCAAAUACCUAUAUUUAUAUCUCUAGGAGGCGGGGGAGAGGGAGGGAGGGGCGGGCCCCGGGCAGCAAUGAGGCUGCGGAGGGGGUGUGCCAAUGCCUAAUUUUCUAAUAGACGAAGUAAGCCUCUAGAGGGUGCGGUUAUAAAGAAACGGAUGGCGUUUUUAUUUAUCUUUUAUGUAUUGGUUAAAAGUUCAGAAACCGUCAGUUAAACAUUCCUGAGGUUUGAUUGAUUAUUUCAAGUACUUGGCAGGCACGUGUUCUGGAAGAGUCAGCAGUUGACUCAAGCCUUGCAGGUGUGGGUGCAGCACAGCAGGGGGGCGAUCCUGGUUCCUCACCUGAAGUUCUGACGUGGGAAAGGACAUCUUCCUUCCCCGCGAGUGUCUGUCACUUAGACCCAUCGAGUCCGGGUGUGAUGCACCUUCCGGAACAACUUUGAAGUCACCAGAUAGACACUGGACACAGCAGGUGCCGCCUGCUGAGCGGUGUUCUCGGGGUAUAAACACGCACAGGACAGACCGCCUGCGAGGGAUGAAUGUUCAGGAUGCACCUAAGAUAUAGCGGCUCUCUCCCUCCCUUCCUCUGCUCAUGGACAGAGAGAAAGCAGAUGAAGCAAAAUGUGCAUUGUUGGGUGAAGUUUAUACACAUGAAGUAUAUUUUUACAGUUUUUCCUUAAGUUUUAAAUUAUUGCAAAAUAAACAAUUUUCAUAAAGCA